AUAGAGGGCGCGCUUCAAAUUGAUAGAGAAAAGAUGGCGACUUGCAUAGCACCAGCGUUUUUAGGAGUCAUUGUUCUCCUAACUGGCCUUCAACCUUCGAAUGCCCUUUUCGAAGAUCAGAUAGGAAAGUUUGAUUGGAGGCAUCAAUAUGUUGGCAAUGUCAAGUUUUCUGCCUUUGAACAGAGCAAGCACAAGCGUCAGAUCUAUGUGGCUACUGAGUCCAAUGUCCUUGCAAGCAUCAAUCUAGCCGGUCAGCUGAACUGGAGGCAUAUACUCCAGAGAGGUCAACAAGGGGUCAUUAAUUCUAUGCUCUACUCCUCUGCUGAUGCUGGUAUUGUGACACUGUCAGGUCGAGGACGGCUGCUCCGUUUGUGGAACGCAACCACUGGCUACCUGAAAUGGGAAUCUCCUGUUUCCCCUGAAGCAGCAGCCGUUAGCAGUUCUGGAGCUACAGCUAUGCAAGUCAACAGUGAAUCCAAGAAUGUGAUUGUAGCAGUCAAGAACCAUGUCUUCAGUUAUGCUUUCAAGUCGGGACGUAGAGCUUGGACGUACGCUGAUCAGGACAGUGAGUCAUUAGACUUCCAGUGGACACACUUCAGCAAGGAUGAACCUGAUUCUCCUGUAUACGUCAUUGGUGUGGUCGAAGGCUCGCACUUUGUUAUUGCAGCGCUUGAUGCACAAAGCGGAGAUCUUAUCAAUCAGACUCCCGUCUCAGCAGUGUGGGCAAGCAGAGCACCCAACUGUAUCGUCGUCUCCGGCGGCCAUUUUGUAUGUUCAGAGCCCUCCUCUGGUACCUUGCAGUAUCUUACCAUUGGUGAGCAGAGCAGCUUCUCAGCGACAUCUCCAGCUGGGUUAGGUCUGGUGCAACUUUCAGAGCAGAAACUCUCUAUCAGUGAACUCUUCCCGUCAGCCUCAGGACCGUCUGUGUUCAUCCUUCAGUUAAGCAGUGACCAUCAUGCAUUGCUGGAGGUCAAAGGUCAAAACGUCCUUCUCUAUAAAGACCUACCCAAGGUUACAGCUGUGAGCGGUACCGUGGUAGGGGAGAGAUACGCAAUCAAUACAGCUAGUAGCAACAACGAGGUGAUUGAGUUACGAUCCUCGUACUUGGAAGAAGGAGCUGAAGAGCUCUACAGUAAUGAUGUUGUCCUGCCAGGCAGCCAUGGAUUGGCAGAUCAGAUAUGUGUUGACAUUUAUGAGCUUCGAGAUAAAACUAUCAGUGGGAGGGUCUUUAUCAAGACGGCAGAUGAAGCGAUCUCAUUGGUUGUUGGCGGUGAGAAAGAGGUCCUGUGGCUGAGGGACGAGUCUCUAGCCAGUGCUGUUUCAAUCGAGCUGGUAGAUCUACCCGUCUCAGAUACAGAAGCAAGGUUUGAGGAUGAGUUCGGAGGAAAGCAAGGAGAGAAUAUUUUCAACAUGUUCGCCAAGAGGCUUGCUACACAGUUCGCCCAGUUUCAGUCUUACGUAACCCACUUGAAGAAGAAGAUAGAGAAUCUCCAUGACUCUCAUACCGGAGAUCACAAGGUUGAUGCUGCCAUCACUCACGCCAGUCAGAGGUUACUCAAUGAGGACGACAAUGAGGAAGACGAUGACGAAGACUAUCUCACCAGGGAUGAAUUCAAUCUACACAAAGUUGUUGUGAUCGCUACAAAGUCUGGCAAGAUAUUUGGUCUGGAUUCCAAGGAUGGAACCAUCGUGUGGGAUCAUUUCCUUCCCAACCUAGCACCAUUUGAAACCUCAGGCAAACUCUCCAUGCCCCUGUUCGUUCAGAGAACCACAGCUCACUUUCCCAACCCACCUCAGUGCAACCUGGUUGGAAAGAACAUGAUGACUGGCCAGGCUAUUUCCUUCACCUUUAACCCCAUCACUGGUAAGCCUACAUCCGACAGCAGCUCACUGGGGACCGAGCUACCGUACAAGGUCAAGCAGGUCACCAUGCUUAACCUCAUGACUGACCAGUUCCUUAAGGUCAUGCUCUAUCUGGACACCGAGUACAAUGUGCAUGUUGUCCCAUCGUCCGCUGCUUCACUAGUACAGGAGCAUUCCUCCAGCAUCUAUCUCUUCACUGCAGACACGGACUCCGGCAAACUCGCUGGCUACAGACUGGCACCUAGCUCAGGGAUCGCGACCUCUGACCUCGAAGCAGAGGUCGUGUGGGAUGUCCAGCUCCCAACCUCCCUCCAAAAGAUCACCCAUGUGGUUGGGAAGAGGUAUAUUGAACAUGUGCAUUCCCAGGGCCGAGUGCUUGGGGACCGGUCUGUCCUCUACAAGUAUCUCAAUCCUAACCUGGUUGCUGUCGUCACUGAAGGAGAAGAAAUUGGAAGUAAACCUCACGUUAGCGUCUAUCUGAUUGAUAUGAUUACUGGGGCCAUUAUCUUCAGUGCAGAUCAUAAGAAAGUACAAGGCCCUGUUCACAUAGUGCAUACUGAAAACUGGGUUGUGUAUCAAUAUUGGAAUCAGAGACUUCGGCGAAAUGAAAUCACUGUUCUAGAAUUGUUUGAAGGGAAAGAACAGAAAAAUAGUACACUGUUUUCGUCACUGGACCCUCCUAACUUGCCGCUGGUCGAAAGACAAUCCUAUGUGCUGCCCUCUGGGCUUCAGGCCAUGUCAGCCACGUUUACAGAAAGGGGCAUUACUGCGAGGCACAUUCUAAUGUCCCUCGCUUCUGGAGGCCUCCUGUCUUUCCCAAAGCGGUUCCUGGACCCUCGUCGACCCACAGAACUCAAACCAGAACACAAGGAAGAGGGUCUAAUUCCAUACCUCCCAGAGCUGCCCAUCGCCCAUCAAUCUAUGAUCAAUUAUAAUCAGUCUAUAUUUGGAGUGACUGGUAUACAGACAGCGCCGGCUGGACUGGAAUCCACCUGUUUAGUUCUUACUUAUGGAUUAGAUUAUUACUUCACCCGUGUGAUGCCUUCCAAUCUGUUUGACGUGCUGAAAGAAGACUUUGAUUACAUGUUUAUCUUGAUGGUAUUAUCAGGCCUGGUCGUAGCUGCUCUCUCAACCAGGCGAUUAGCAUCUCUUAAAGCGCUCAGACAGGCCUGGAGAUAACCUUCACUUUUCAAAUGUAGUUAUACUUCUAGGUUUGAGGUUGUAUCAUUACUAGGAUUGAUUCACAUUCAAAUAGAAAUGUAGUUGUAAUUUGAGGGAUCGACAGUGGCUGUGAGAUAUUCGCCAAUGGGGAAAGUGUCAGCAAAACUUGAUGAAUUAUUCAUGUAACUGUGGUAGAUUGACAAUCAUAAAGAUACAACAAGCGAAGAAACAAGAAGUGGUCAACACAAUUGAAUAAUAGACACACUUAAAGAGAAGGUUGAGUUCUGGGAAGAGGUGAAAAAUAAUUUGUGAGCGUUAUCAUUGUUAUUAUGCACGUGUGG